GGGGCCAGACCGGGGAGGGGGCGUGGCCGGGCGGCCUGAGGCGGUGCCGCGCCAACCAAAACAACGACACGCCCCGGCAGCCCUUGCGCCCGCUCCCCUCCCGCCACCAUCACCAUCGCCGCCACCCGGCGGGGCCCGCUUCGGGGGCGCGAAGGCGGGCGCGGAGACCCGCCGCCGCCAUGAAGCUCCGGGUGCGGGUGCAGAAGCGAACGGCGCCGUUGGAGGUGCAGGGGGCGGAGCCAACGCUGGGGGAGCUGCGCGCGCAGCUGCGCCGGGCCCUGCUGCCCGCCUGGGGGUACAGUUCUGAUACUGAGUUUUCAAUAACAUUGAACAGAAAAGAUGCUCUCACAGAAGAUCAGAAGACCUUAGCUUCAUAUGGGAUUGUUUCUGGUGAUUUGAUAUGCUUAUUACUAGAAGAAGCAGAUGGACAACCCAACCUACCUCCUCCUCCUUCUACUCCUCCCCGACUUGAGAAUGGUCAUGAGCCGUCCACCUUGAUCCCCAACAAAAGUCAGGCCAACAGUCCAAACAAAGAAGGGCAGAAUGAGCAAUCUGAAAACCAGAAAGCUCAAGUGGAAGUUCAAAAGACUGACGAGAGGGCAGGAUCCAGUCUAGAGUUUCCUUCUGGAUUAGUCCCAGAAGAUGUUGACCUGGAAGAAGGUACAGGUUCCUAUCCCUCCGAACCCAUGCUGUGCAGUGAAGCUGCUGAUGGUGAAAUACCACAUUCCUUAGAGAUGCUCUACCUUUCUGCUGAGUGUACCAGUGCCACUGAUGCCUUGAUUGUUCUAGUACAUCUUCUCAUGAUGGAGACAGGCUAUGUACCUCAGGGGACAGAAGCCAAGGCAGUGUCUAUGCCAGAGAAAUGGAGAGGGAAUGGUGUUUAUAAGCUACAGUACACUCAUCCUCUUUGUGAAGAAGGUUCUGCUGGUUUGACUUGUGUGCCUUUGGGAGAUCUUGUUGCUAUUAAUGCAACAUUAAAAAUCAACAAAGAGAUUAAAGGUGUUAAGAGAAUACAGCUAUUGCCAGCAUCCUUUGUUUGCUUUCAGGAGCCAGAAAAGGUUGCAGGUGUUUACAAAGACCUUCAGAAAUUAUCCCGUCUCUUUAAAGACCAGCUGGUGUACUCUCUUCUGGCUGCUGCCCGACAAGCUCUGAACUUGCCAGAUGUGUUUGGGUUAGUGGUCCUUCCUCUUGAGCUCAAGCUUCGGAUUUUCAGACUUCUGGAUGUCCGUUCACUCAUCUCUCUUUCUGCUGUUUGCCGUGAUCUUUACACAGCUUCAAAUGACCAGCUUCUAUGGAGGUUUAUGUAUCUGCGAGAUUUCCGAGAUCCUAUUGCGAGACCUCGUGACACAGACUGGAAAGAACUAUACAAGAAAAAGUUGAAACAGAAGAAGGAGACCCUGAGAUGGAGGCACAUGAUGUUUCUGCCCCCUACACCUCAUCCAAUCCCCUUUCAUCCCAACCCAUUCUAUCCUAAUCCCUUUCCUCCCAACCCAUUCCCAUCAAACCCAAUCUAUCCCCCAAUGAUCAUUGGUGGAGAGUAUGACGAGAGACCAACACUUCCUUAUGUUGGAGACCCAAUUAACUCACUCAUUCCUGGCCCAGGAGAAGCACCAGGCCAGUUUCCUCCUUUCAGACCACAUUUUGACCCAAUUGGUUCCUUGCCUGGAGCAAACCCUACACUUCCAGGACGAGCUGGUCCCAAUGACAGGUUUUCACCUAGACCCAGCCGGGGCCGCCCCAUGGACAUUCGCCGUGCGUUCAUUUGAUUGCUGCUUUUUCCCUCAGUGAGUUUUCUAGUCCCUGAGCUUGCUUUCUAACUGCAGGAGAUUGCAAAUCCCAGGCACUAACAUCUGCCUUCUCUUCAGAUUGUGGCAAGAACAUGUGUGCAUGGUAAUGUUUCAACCACAAAGGCUGGGUUUGUUUUAUGCUCUGGUAGUACUGUACCAUCUGGCACUAAGGUCUGUUUCACGAAGAGCUACAACUUAGAACAGUUUGUUCUGCUUCCCGCCCCCCUUGCCCUUAAUCAUCUGUGAAGUGCUACUUAGAGACCAGAAGGAUACCAGCCAAAUAUUUGCUGCAUCAGAUAAAGAGCACUUUAAAUAUAAAGCCUAUACUUGUCUGUCUUAUUUGAAAAGUUUUAUUAAAUUGCCAGGAAAAAUGACGAUGUGUAAAAUCUGCCUGGCUAAUAAUCUCUAUUGACAAAAACAUCUACCACAUAGAACAGGAUACUACCACUGUUAGAUGUGCGUUCAUGGAAAUUUUCAAACAUGAUAUUUCCUUUUUCCUUUAAUGUUUUAUUAGGUAAAAAGCAUUUUUGUAUUGUUACUUAAUACACAAAGAAUACAGGGAAGGGAUUUUUUUUACAAUGGAAAUAUUAGAACACAGAUCAAUUCGUUUUACAAACAACUGAGUAAAGUCAUGCUACAGUGCAACUUGGAAGUCUGAACAGAAGCAGAGCAAUUUUACAAAGAACCAGCAGCAAAACUUUUGUCUUUCUCCUUGACUUUACAAAUAAGGAGCUGUAGUACAUGGCUGCAUUUACUGUGUGUGAACUAAAACUGGUGCAAAAAUAAAUCUUUCCUCCUGCCUAACUUACUUAAGGAAUUAAAUAAGUUGAUCUGGUUGCAGUGGAAAUGGGAUCACAGCAGGAGAAGCAGAAUGAAUUCUCACUUUACUGCAGUAAAUUCCAUUUAAUUCCAUUACUUAAGUAUCAAAAUAUAUCUUGCCAAGAGGAAAUGUGUUAUAGCACGUUAUGAGCACCUUUCAAGUGUUGCCCUAUUAACUAAUGAGCAACUAACAAGACCACUGUUAAAGUCUGAUGAUACCUGCAGGCUGAUGCUGGAGCUCAAUUAAAGGAAGACCGCAAUGACUAAA